AUGCUUAUAGUUAAACCUAAAGGUUAUCGUGAAAUACCAACUAAAGGGGUUGUUGAAAAUCACUGGCAUAACCUUUUGUCAGUCAAUUCUCCGACUCUUAUUGCAACAAGUAGCAAAUUUUCUCCGAGUAAUAAAAUACUAAAACAGUCCCCAAAAUCUAGACACCUAAAAAUUCGGCCAACUCCCAAGCCUAGCCCUACUCCUUCUCCUGUAAAUAAAACAUUUCAAGAUUCUCAAACAAAUACUGAACUAGAAACCCCGAAAACGUUUAAUAGCCUUCUUGCACCUACAAAAUCCAAACUUUUAUUUACUAAAAAAACUAGCCAAAAAAGGAAAAUUCCGCUUGAAAAGUUACAAAGAGUAAAGGUGUUUGAUUUCAAGCCAGGACAACUUUAUGGGAAAAUAAGAUCAAGCACCCCUCAAAAUCUGGAUUCUUGCUUUCAUGAUUUUUCAACAGAAAAACUUAGACUUAGAACUAAAAGCACUAAAAAUGAGCCAAGAAAAUGCCCAACGUUUUCUAUAUUUGAAGUGGAAUUUCCGAAAGCUCAAAAUAAGAAAAAACUCCCUAAGGCGUCUUCUUCACACGAGUGAAUGAGGUGCUCUAACGUAAAUGCAAGCUGAGCCAACAUAAGAAAUUACGAUAGAAUGGAAAAAUAUGACGAGUUUUCCUUUUAA